UUUAGGGAAAGAAAAGCAGGGUAGCAAGGCAGAAUGAGAGGAGACGAACAGCAACAGACAGACUGACUGACUCCUUUGACUUCCAAAUUGAAAAUGCUAGAGGUGCAUUUUCCCUGGUAAUUGCUGUAUAUCUGAGUAUUUUAUCUAACAUGAAGGUGCUGAGGAUUUUUCUGUUGCUGGAAAUUUCAGGCUUCUUUCCCAUUCUUUCCAGCCCUUCUCCAAUCCAUUGCCGCUGGAAUUCUUUUGGCCCUUGGUCCGAGUGCAAUGGCUGUACUCAAAAACAGAUUAGGAGACGGACAGUGGCAGUUUAUGGCCAGUAUGGGGGAAAUCCCUGCUCUGGGCAUACCUUUGAAACAAGACCAUGUACCCCCACAAGGGGAUGCCCAACAGAAGAUGGCUGUGGUGAUCGGUUCAGGUGUUUCUCAGGUCAGUGUAUUAGCAGAUCCUUAGUGUGCAAUGGCGAUCAAGACUGUGAGGAUGAUGGUGCAGAUGAAGAUCGAUGUGAAGAGAGGAAAACUGUAUGCGAUAUUGACAAAACACCUCUGAAUUCAGAACUUACAGGAGCAGGCUUUGAUAUUAUUACUGGUGAGACUAAGGGAAGAGUCAUUCAUACAAAAAGCUUUGGAGGGCAAUGCAGAAAGGUCUUUAGCGGCGAUAGGAGAGAAUACUACAGGCUGAGUGAAAGUGUUCUCGCUUAUAAUUUUCAGGUUAAAGUUCAAAAUGAUUUUAGUUAUGAGUUUUUCAACAGCACCUGGUCUUAUAUGAAACACGCAGAGAAGUAUGAAAAUUCAAACAAAUACAAGCAGACAGAGACUAAAAAUCUGCAAAAGAGUAAGCAGCUGAUGGUUGUUGAGAACAGUGUGGAAGUUGCUCAGUUUAUUAACAACCGCCCAGACUUUCUCACUCUUGCGGAGCCUUUCUGGAAGGAACUGUUCAACCUUCCAGUCGUCUACGAGUACAGCGUCUACCGAAGACUUAUUGAACAUUUUGGGACACACUUCUUACAUUCUGGGUCUCUAGGAGGACACUACAAAGUUAUUUUUUAUAUGGAUACUGACAAAAUGAAGGCAGAAGGUGUCAGCAUAACAGACUUGUACAAGUGUACCUCAUCAGGCUGGAAUGCACUCAUUGUGAAAAAGAAGAAGAAGGAAUGCACCAAACUGGAUGAACUGCUACUGACUUCUUCAGGAAGCACUGGCAAUAAAAUUAAAGGAGACCCUUACAUAGAAGGAGGAAGCCCAGGUGCUGUUGCAGGCCUUAGUUAUCUAGACCUGGAUAAUCCUGCUGGAAACAGUCGGAUGUACACCUUGUGGGCUGCAUCAGUGACAGACUAUCCCAGAGUAAUUAAAAAAAAGCUAACACCAUUAUCUGAGCUGGUAAAGGAAGUGCCCUGCUCCUCAGUCAAAAAGCACUACCUAAAACAAGCCAUUGAAGAAUAUAUGGCUGAAAAUGAUCCCUGCAAAUGUCAGCCUUGCCAGAAUGGUGGUGAGGCGGCCGUGGAGGGAACACAGUGUGUGUGUUACUGCAAGCCUUACACUUUUGGAGCAGCUUGUGAGCUGGGAACCCUCGUGCAAGAUGAGCCAGGCAUUGUAGAUGGACACUGGAGCUGCUGGUCUUCCUGGAGUCCUUGUUCAGGGGGAAGGAAAUCAAGGAGUAGAACUUGCAACAACCCCUCCCCACAUGGUGGUGGGAAGACCUGCCCGGGAGAGCAGCAUGAAAGCAAAGUGUGUGAAGAUGAAGAGUUGCAGCAUCUUCGCUUGAUUGAACCGCACUGUUUUGAUUUAUCCAUAAAUCCUACAGAAUUUUGUUCACCUCCUCCUCUCUUAGAAAAUGGAUUUGUUCAAAAUGCUGAAAACUCAUAUCCAGUUGGGAAAAACAUUGUUUAUGCAUGCAAACAUGGAUAUUCUCUUGUUGGUGAUCCUGUUGCUAAGUGUCACAGUAAUUUACAGUGGCAAGUUGGAGAGAGAUAUUGCCAGGAAACUGCUUGUCUCCUGCCUGAGCUGGAGGGGGGUUUGCAAGGAGAGCCAUGGAAACCUGUGUACGAGAUUGGUGAGAGAAUAACUCUGUCUUGUCCACAUGGCAUGCACUUGGAAGGGGCACACACUAUUUUGUGUGAGCCCAGCCUCAAGUGGUCUCCUGAUGUGAAGACUAUCCAGUGCAAGAGACCAGUGCCCAAUGUGAAAACAGAAGUGACAGAGCCUAAAUGUCAGCCAUGGGAGAAGGUAUAUCAGUCACAAUGUGUGUGCAAAAUGCCCUAUGAGUGUGGUCCUUCUCUGGACACUUGCGCUACAGAUCAAGGAACCAAGAGAAGCACACCUUUAACUGUUUGCAAGAUGCAUGCCUUGGAGUGCAUGGGCAGAAAAUACUCUCUGACUGAUGUAGAAAAUUGCAAAGUACCUCAGGCGGCUGAAAUACCAUGUGGAUCAUGCCGUUCAUGGGAAAAAUGCAAUGUGCCAUCCAACACCUGUGUUUGUGAUGAAGAUGGGCUGUGUGAGGAGGGAGGUGUCCAGGUCUGUGCUGAAGUCAGUGGCUCUGCUGCCCGUCGGACCAUGACCGAGUGUGAGGUUGGGCUGCUCAGAUGCCGGGGGGAGACUGUCACCCUUCUCAGCAUAAGGCCCUGUGACAUGCAGAGUAAAUAAGAUAUGUUACGCUUUAUUUUGCUUAUUGCUGGAGGAUAUGUCAAAAUGUGUCACCUCUUGGUCAGGACAUACUUUGCACCUUGCUCUGCCAAAUGUAAGCUCUGCUGUGAAAUCCAUCACAGCUGAUGAGACUGUGCAUCUUGUCGGCUCUGGAUCAAGGCCUGAGGCUCUGUUAGACAGAGAGGCACUUGCCACAACUGCUCACAACAGAGCUCUUGCUUAGGCACCAGCCUUACCACUGGCAGAUUUACUUCAUAUUUCCAUCGGAAUUAAAAAGUAUUGCUGAAGCGCAAUUGCCAAAGUAGCAAUUUUAAUCAUGGAUUACUAUGUCUGACACUGUCAAUAGGAUUUUCUUAAAGCCACACAAACAUAGGCUUGCACUGAGUAGAUUUAGAUUAGCAAAACAUACAGACUAAGCUUUACAGAGUAAGAGGUAUGAUUCUUCUCUUUUAAUAAAGCAGCUUCUUUCCACCAUACGCUACUCAGUUGAGCAAACAUUCUGCACAGAACUGAAGUUGUUGUUGAGUCUGAUGUACUCAAACAUCAAAGCAAUAUGCAUUAAUAGUAAAGCCAUAAUAAAGUAAUGAGAAUUCA